CCUCCCUCGCCGAGGCCGGCGCCAUGGCUGGGGGCGCUGGGCCUGCCUCCUCUCAGCCGCGCCGCGCUCCCUGACGGAGCGGAUAACCGCCUCCCCCCCCUCCCCCCCGCCCGCCGCCUGACGGAGGCUGCUGCGUGUGUGGGUCUCGUCCUGGCAUCGAAGGGAAAAGCCAAAAAUUAGCCUUGCCCCAAGCUGAGCCGCUUGCUUCUCCGGAAGGUUGGGAAGGAAGGGGACUACAGAGGGGCCGUCCUUGCGUUUCAUGUUUCGUCAGCCCGACAGCAUUUUGGCUUUGAUUCCGUCUUGCUCCUACCUGUUCCUGGACAGCGACGGGGAGGAGAAGAGGCACCGUCCCACCAUGUCUCGUUACAGCCUCCAUAAUCUCCUGGACUGGAUGUAUGGGGGUGUGGACCCCAGCUUUGCUGGCAACGGAGGGCCAGAGUGCGCGGCCUUUCUCUCUGGGAAGCAGCGCUUUCUGGAGAGUUUGGUCUUCCUCAGCGUGGGCGUCGUGGAGAUCCUUCUGUCCCUGUGGAAGCUCAGGCAGCUGCAUUUCAGGGAGCUGGAGGGACAUCUGCUGCAGCAGCCCCAGCCGAAGCAGGAGAGCUUGGGCAAGAAUGUGCUGCUGGUGGUGCUGUGCCUCAUCUUUGGGCUGGAGGUGGGGUUCAAGUUUGCCACCAGGACUGUCAUUUACCUCCUGAAUCCCUGCCAUGUCGUCACUAUGAUGCAGAUUUUUCUUCUUGCCUGUCCUCCAUGUCGGAUUGCAAUGAUUCUCUUCAGGUUGCAGAUGCAUAUGCUCAAUGGGGCCCUCUUGGCAUUGCUGUUUCCCGUUGUUAAUACACGUCUGCUUCCAUUUGAAAUGGAAAUUUAUUACAUCCAGCAUGUGAUGCUUUAUGUUGUGCCCAUCUAUCUGCUGCGGAAAGGAGGUAUCUACACUCCAGAACCACUCUGCAAUUUCUGGUGGGCUCUUUUAUCCACGGGGUUUAUGUUUGUGUAUCAUUUUAGCAUCUUGCAGAUUCUGGGAUUGGUUACAGAAGUGAAUUUGAACAACAUGUUGUGCCCAGCCGUCUCAGAUCCUUUUUAUGGGCCCUGGUAUCGAAUCUGGGCAUCUGGACAUCAGACUGUCAUGACCAUGACUCAUGGGAAACUUGUAAUCCUACUGUUUUACAGUGCUGUCCCCAUCUUUAAAUGUAGCAUGGACUUGCUUAGACUCCCAGCUAAGAAAAUAGACUGAAAUUUCUCCCCACGAUGUAGUACAUACAGGAAGCAGAGAUACUUAUACUGGAAAACAAAGAGGAGGGAUGAGACGACAAUGUGUUUAUACUUCUCCCCACAGUUUAUUGCCUCAAAAACACCUCUAUAAUCAAGUGAGGUUUUUUUUAACUGCUGUUUCUCACUGCCUAUUGCCAAUGGCAAAAUUAGUGGCCUUAUUCUGGAAAAGGUUCAUGUUUUAUACAUUUUGUGUAGAUUACAGUAGAAUCUUGCUAAGCUACCGUUUAAAAUUAGGCCAGGAUCUGUCCACAUUCCAGCAAAGAGAGUGGCAAUGCUACCUCGUUUUGACUUAUUUUCCAUUAAAUAGAAGUAUGCUUAUAUCAUAGGAUAGGAAAUAAAGCUGAAUUACAACACUCCAGUGAUGUGAACAGAACACAUGUUGAAGUACAUCAUCCUGGCUUAACUCUUAGCACUUGAAUGUUGCAAAAUGGUCACAGUGAAAUGAUGUACACUUAAUCUCCCAGUUGUAAGUGCAAAACAGUGAGGUUCUACUGUAUUUUCUUUAAGCUGGUUGAAAAUGUUGGGGAACAAUAACUCAUUAAAAAAAAAAUUUUUUUUUUUAAUCAACUACUUGAUUUCUAAGCUGCUGUGGAUAAAUAUCUAUCUGGCGAAGUCUCAUCAGAUCUUGAUGCUUUGGUUAUGCUUUUAUUUGAGUGAGUGGAAAAAUACCAUGUUGAAAUAAUUUCAAAAGACUAUGUUAUGUAUAAGCUAUGAUAACGUAUUUCAUCCACUGUUCUGACCUGACUUUGAACAAAAAUGGUUUUUUCACUUAGCUUAGAUUGGAGAGGGAGUGGAGAUACAAUGUCCAACAUAAACAUCAGUUUUCCUUUUUUACUUACUAGAUUUUGAAACAUUCCUCCUCUGUGUUCUACACUGAUCUUCACUCAGUAGAGUGGUUAGUGAAGAAACAAAAUGAAACUAUGUUCUCUCUCUACAGCUCUAAUACAUUCUGUAUACUGAAUUUAAAAUACAGAUAUAAAAAGUCAAAUCAGUGUAGGCCUCUACUGAGCAGAAAGUGUUCCAGUUUACUAGUAUGACUAAAUCUUCCUGUCAACAUGUCUUUUGGACAACAGGAUGUAGAUAGGCAGAAUGAUAAAUAGUAAACUGUGUGUACCUGUUCAAAUUUUCCAAGGCUAGAGGAGAAACUGGUGGGCAGAAUGAUGGGAAAUCUUGAGUGUGUUCCUCCAGGUAGUUAACUGUGAGUCUAUUAUGCAGACUGUUGUCUUUCAGGGCUGUAGGAAUUUUGUUGUACAAAAGUUUGUUGCAAUUUAUAGAUUCAUUGUGUUGUCAAAGCUGUGACUUGUAAGAUAAAACAAAACCAUACCUCCUCCAGCUGGAUCACCUGAAGAUAUGUUCUGAAGUUAAGGUACAGUCAUUUAUACCUCAAGAAGGCAAAGUAAGAAUGAGAAGUGGUUGACUUUUUUUUUUUUUCCUUAAAAAAGAAAAAUUUUCAUUGGAGAGGGCACCAGUGGCUACUUCGAAUAUUUUUUAUUCCAUAUAAUUAAAAAAAAAGUACACCUCAAUCCAAAAUAUAGUCCCACAUUCUAAUUUACACACUGGUUUCUGGCUUUCUUCCAUGUCUUGCUGUGUGUAUAUAUAUACAUAAUAAAUAUACUGUACUCUCACAACUUGAGAACAUGUGACAUAUACCUAAACUAUCCAUCAAACAUGUAUAGCUAGUCUUAGUUAUACAGACUGUAUGGCUCCUUGUGUUUUUCAUCAGAAUUCAGCUUGAGAAAGCUAAGCACCUGGUAAUAAGAACUGCCAGCAUACGGAGUUAACUGUCAGUUGUUGAUCCUGCAAAUGUCUAAGUACAUAAUGAAUUUCAUCAAGUAGUCUCACUGCUGCCUCAGUAAAGCUGGGCAUAUGUUACUUAAGUAUUUGUGGAGUGGGGCCUAAAGAAUGAAGGCGUUGGUACUGAAGGCCUGAAUCUGUCUGUGAAAGACCACUUAAUUAGCUGCUGAAGUGAUAGAAAUUCUUGCUGUUUAUUUCAGCAGAUUCAGUAUUUCAUGGUGAAAUACAGGAUGUUGCUGGGAGAUGCUAAGAUGCAGUGCUGGAUGUUAAAGCCUAUUAAUGUACUUCAUCUCCUAUGAAUAGCUGAAUGAAAUCUACAGUGAUUCUUCCCUCCCCAUAGUUAGUGUCAAGUGUAUCAUGGUUUAUUUAUUUACUUAAGAAUUUGGCAAAAUGCCUUAUGUUGAAUUCAGUCCUGUUUAGAAGGAAUGUUUGGUAUUACAAUAGAAUUAUUUUAGCCAAAUUUUGCAAAUACUAUUUCACAUUAUUAUUUGCUUAUCUUCACUGACGUUUUGUUUUUUUAAGAAUCUUUCCUGUUUCUUUAUUUUUUCUUCAGAAUAUUGUAGCUACUGGGAAAAUUUCUGAGCUACAUGAAAGUAGCAGGCUUUUUUUUUUUUUUUUUUUUUUAACUACAACAUUUCCUAUCUAUAGUCAUAUGCUUCAGGGCAUUCUAAACAAGUAUAAAACAGCUGCUAUUUGCCACCAUUGACUGCCUCUGGUCAAUUAAGACUGCAGGAGCAUUUAAAUAAGCUCAGGUGUCUCAGUGCAGGCUGUUUGCUUUGUAGGCAAAGUUUGUGAGCUCUUCUGACUGACUUAAAAUUCAGUAGCAGGAAUGGCAAUGUUAAAUAUAGCUACCUGAGGGAAGUCCCCGGGGCAAUUUGGAUGAAAGCAUUCUUGGUGUAGUCGUACCACUUGUACCAUUCACUUUGAUAGCAGAGUCACUGUAAGUGAUUGCUCCUGCCUUCCCUCCCACCCUGUACCACAGAAGUCUGUUUCUGUCACUGUGCUGUGACUCAUGCUUUUUCUCUGUUAUGCUGGUCCAGUUGUUUUGAGUCAUGGUAGAAAUUUCAGGCAUAAUUUCAGAACAUGGAGUAUGCUGACAGAACUGCUCAUCAAAACCAAUGGGACACUUAUAUUCCCCUUCCAAACCUUACCUGUGCAGGUUCUGGAGCUUGUUGAAUUCUUCUGUACCAAUUUAAGUUGCUAAAAUGGCUAACUGAAGAAGGAAAUUCGGCAAAAAAGCAGGGAGGUAAACCAACUACUACACCCAGUAAGGAUUUUAGAGGUAUUGGAGCUGCUGUAAAAGAGUUGAAUGGUGCAAUUGGAGUCAGGUGGGAAGGAAGGCAGUGGAACCUUCACCUUUUGUUUGACGGUAAGCUGUUGCUUCUUUGGUUGUUGUACAGUAUCAGUGAAGCUGGCUGAGAUAGAACAGAAUCAUUCAGGUUGGAAAAGAUCCUUAAGAUGAUGGAGUCCAACCAUAAACCUAACACUGCCAAGUCCAUCACUAAACCACAUCCCUAAGCACCAUGUCUACAUGUCUUUUAAAUACCUCCAGGGAUGGUGACUCCACCACUUCCUGGGCAGCCUGUCCCAGUGCUUGGCAACCCUUUUGGUGAAGAAAUUUUUCCGAAUACCAAAUC